GAGGAGUGGGGGCGGGGCACCCACUGGCCACGCCCACAGGGGGCUUGAAAAGGUACCGGCGCUCCCUGCGUCCUGGCUCCCGGACUCCCGCCGCGCUCUCUCCGACUGCUUCUCGCUAGUUCUGCCCGCGGUGCGUGGUCCUGCUUGCGACUCGAGAUGCCCGUCUGGGGAGGUGGCAACAAGUGCGGGGCCUGUGGGAGGACUGUGUACCACGCAGAGGAGGUGCAGUGCGAUGGCCGGAGCUUCCACCGCUGCUGCUUCCUGUGCAUGGUUUGCAGGAAAAAUUUAGAUAGUACAACAGUGGCAAUUCACGAUGACGAGAUCUACUGCAAAUCCUGCUAUGGAAAGAAGUACGGGCCGAAAGGCUACGGGUACGGCCAGGGCGCGGGCACGCUCAACAUGGACCGGGGCGAGAGGCUGGGCAUCAAGCCCGAGAGUGUUCAACCUCACAGGCCUACGACAAAUCCAAACACUUCUAAAUUUGCUCAGAAAUACGGAGGUGCUGAGAAGUGUUCCAGAUGUGGGGAUUCUGUGUACGCUGCCGAGAAGAUCAUUGGAGCUGGAAAGCCCUGGCACAAAAACUGCUUCCGAUGUGCCAAGUGUGGGAAGAGUCUUGAGUCAACGACUCUGACUGAGAAAGAAGGUGAAAUCUAUUGUAAAGGAUGCUAUGCGAAAAACUUUGGGCCCAAGGGAUUUGGCUAUGGCCAAGGGGCAGGAGCCCUUGUUCAUGCUCAGUAGAGGCGCAAACCCAGAACCCAGAUCACACACUGAGAAACUCCACAUAAUCUAGGCACAGAUAAUCUAACACUAAACUGCUGUGAAAUUCUACCAGUACUUAAGUACUGUAUGUUGCCCUGUACUUGGCUAGGCCAGCUGACUAGUAGGAAGAGAGCACUAUAUCUUUUCGCUUUAUUCAUCAGCAUUUCAAGAACCAUUUCUUUUACGUUUUAAAUAAAACUUCAGCUUAA